AUGAGCUCUACAAUGGCUGCCUCGGCUGUGGCUGUGGCUGUCACAGCCUCCAAGAAGGAGUCUCCGAGCAGGUGGGGUCUCGGAGAGGAUCCAACAGGUGUGGGGCCCUCACUCCAGUGCCGAGUGUGUGGGGACAGCAGCAGCGGGAAGCACUAUGGUAUCUACGCCUGUAACGGCUGCAGCGGCUUCUUCAAGAGGAGUGUGAGGCGGAGGCUCAUCUACAGAUGCCAGGUGGGGGCAGGAAUGUGCCCAGUGGACAAGGCCCAUCGCAACCAGUGCCAGGCCUGCCGACUGAAGAAGUGCUUACAAGCAGGCAUGAACCAAGAUGCUGUGCAGAAUGAACGCCAACCCCGAAGCAUGGCCCAGGUCCAGCUGGACGGCAUGGAAGCAGGCAGUGAUGCCCGACCUGAGCCCUUGGUGGCCUCCCCUGCCUUGGCAGGGCCCAGUCCCCGAGGCCCCACAGCUUCAUCUGCAGCCAGAGCCAUGGGCCACCACUUUAUGGCCAGCCUCAUCACCGCCGAAACCUGUGCUAAGCUGGAGCCCGAGGAUGCUGAGGAGAACAUUGACGUCACCAGCAAUGACCCGGAGUUCCCUGCAUCCCCCUGCAGUCUAGAUGGCAUCCAUGAGACAUCAGCUCGCCUACUCUUCAUGGCUGUCAAAUGGGCCAAAAACCUGCCUGUGUUUUCCAAUCUGCCCUUCCGGGACCAGGUGAUCUUGCUGGAAGAGGCGUGGAAUGAGCUUUUCCUCCUGGGAGCCAUACAGUGGUCUCUGCCCCUGGACAGCUGCCCACUGCUGGCCCCACCUGAGGCCUCCAGCGGCGGCAGCAGCUCUCAGAGCAGGCUGGUCUUGGCUAGUGCAGAGAUGCGCUUUCUGCAGGAGACCAUCGCCCGGUUCCGGGCGCUGGCGGUGGACCCCACAGAAUUUGCCUGCAUGAAGGCCCUGGUCCUCUUCAAACCCGAGACACGAGGCCUGAAGGAUCCUGAGCACGUGGAGGCUCUGCAGGACCAGUCCCAAGUGAUGCUAAGCCAGCAUAGCAAGGCUCACCACCCCAGCCAGCCUGUGAGGUUUGGGAAAUUGCUCCUCCUGCUCCCGUCCUUGAGGUUCCUCACCGCUGAGCGCAUUGAGCUCCUCUUCUUCCGAAAGACCAUAGGGAACACUCCAAUGGAGAAGCUCCUUUGUGAUAUGUUCAAAAACUAGUGGGCGUGUCCAGUGUUUCCAGGCACCCAGGCAACACUCUUUUGGAGUUAAGUCUUUUCUGCCUUUCUCAUCCAGCAAUUCCACGUGCAGGUUUUUGUACCUGGCAGAAAUUUCUCCCAAAAUACUUUAUUGGAAUAUUCAUAGCGGUCUUAUUAACACCCCUAGCUCUGUUUGGACAGUAGAAUGCAUGGAUGGGUUGUGUUAUAGUCAUAGGAAAAACACCUGGGGGCGGGGCGGGGAUGAACAGCGGGUCCACAUGACAACAUGGAGACUUUUUGUAGGCUACAAGGUGAACAAAAGCCAGG